AUGGGAGGAGGUACUUCCCUGUGGGCAUCUCCGGAUUGGAAGAAUGAUCCCAAGGAGAUUUUCAACAGACAACUCGCCCUUGUCAGCAUCACUGUUGCAUUUGCGGGCUGCAGUUAUGGAUUUGAUACUGGCAACAUUGGCGGCGUUUUAAAGCUGGCAGCUUUCAAGCAUGCAUUCGGCUUGGAUGUUCUGUCUGAAGCGGAGAAGGACGUGAGGACCGGAAAUAUAGCAGCAAUGGUAGCAGCAGGCGGUGCCGGUGGUGCCCUCCUCGGUGCCCCGGCAUCCGAUUACCUCGGUCGCAAAUAUGCCGUCCUCAUCUCGGCCGGUAUUUUCCUCGUUGGAUGUUCGUUCCAGGAGGUGGCUGACCUGGGCGUCUUUUACGCCGGUCGUCUAUUAUCUGGUAUCGCAAUCGGCAUGUCGUCCAUGCUGGCACCCCAAUACUUGGCCGAGGUUGCACCAAAGUCCAUUCGAGGUACCUUGACCACCACAUACAACCUCAUGAUUGUGACAUGCUUGGCAUUGGCCUUUUGGGUCAACUAUGGCGUGUCAAUCUGGGCAACCAACAAGCUUGACAAUACUGGCUGGAGGCUGGCUCUGGGAAUCCAGUUGAUUCCAGGGGCUGCUUUGUUCAUCUUGACGUUUUUUGUGCUAGAAAGCCCCCGUGCCCUCAUCUCGCGCGGUAAAAAGGAGCGCGGCCUCGCAAACAUCACCGCUCUCCGAGGCCUCCCCGCCGAACACCCUUAUGUGGCUCGUGAAUACAUGGAGAUCUGCGCUCAAGUGGACGCUGAGCAAGAGUACGCCGUCGGCAACAACUACCUCGUGGUGGCCAAGGACGUCAUCACCAACGCCAGCAACCGGCGGCGCUUCUUCUUGGCGGUCAUGCUGUUCCUGUUCCACAAGUUCACAGGAACCGACAGCCUCAACUAUUUCGCCCCCGACAUCUUUGCCAUGAUCGGCGUCCCGUCCGGCUCGUCCAGUCUGCUGACUACGGGAGUUUACGGCCUGGUCAAGAUGGUCACGACGGUCUUCUACGUCACCGUCAUAGUCGACCGCGUCGGCCGCAGGCUGCCUCUCAUGGUGGGCGCGACGAUGCAGGCCACGGCCAUGCUGUACCUGGCGCUGUACAUCCGAUUCGCCGAGGGCAGCGGCGCCAUCUCGCAGAGCGGCAGCGGGGGCGGAACGCCGGCGGGCGGCAUCGUGGGCAUCAUCUGGAUCUACAUCUACGCGUUCGGGUGGUCGUUUGGACACUCGGUGGCGCCGUACGUGGUGGCGGCCGAGAUUUUCCCUCCACGCAUCCGGUCCGUUUGCAUGGGCAUAUGCCUGUUUGUCAACUGGAUCGUGGAUUACGGCAUCACGCAGGCCACGCCGACCAUGAUGACGCAGCUCGGCUACGGGACGUUUUUGAUCUACUCCAUGCUGACCUACGUUGGCGUCGUGUUUGUGUACUUUUGUUUGCCCGAGCUCAAGGGCAGGAGCAUGGAGUCCAUGGACGACCUGUUCCAGAGAAGCAUCUGGACCAUGUGGCGUCAUGCGUACCCGACCGAGGAGGAGAAGGUGCGCCACGAUGUGCAGGACAUGAUUGUGCAAAAGGAGCAGCAGCGUGCCGAGGAAGAGGAUGCCAGGAAGAAACAGACGGAGCACGUUGAGGCAAGAACGUGGCAAGAAAGCAAUCCGGUUCCCGAUGUUGCAGGGUCGUCUCCUCACGACCCAAAUGGCCAGAACGGACCCCGUAAACUAAGUGCGUCUGGAUCUCCUGCCAGUGUGAAUUUGGGCCGCGCUCAAAGCAUCCGGAGGGACUCGGUCGAAACCCGUCCACAUCCGCUUCAGAAUCCACCCGUCUCGGCGCCGCCACCGGUCCCACAGCAGGUCGAGAUCUCACGCAAGGUCAAAGCUUGUGCAGCAUGCCGAAAGCAAAAGAUACGAUGUCAUAUGGACCAGGGCACUCCGCCUUGCCGUCGCUGCAAGGAAAGGAAUCUUUCGUGCGUCUUGAGCAAGAGUCUUCAGAUGCUCAUGGAUGAACGUUCUCAGUGGCAUCAAGACAUCAUUGCCGACUUGGAGAUGCUACAUGCAGGGGUGCAGAAUAUGCGAGAACACACCGGCUUGCCGUCGUUGCCACCCCUACGCAGCUCCCUCGACCGACCUGGGCCCGAUAGCCUAACGUCGGCAAAUAAUCUGGAGCCGCAUCAUGAGGCAGAGGCCGGCCCCUCCACCGACAACUCUCCUAAACUUCUGCCGCAGUCACCAGAUGUUCCCAUGCAGUCUGUAUACUACCUAACUAAGCUCAAGUCUCUAAGAGGAAAUGAUGACGGAGACGGUACUCAAACCUCUGGCUCCCUUGAGCACCAACACGGUCAUCGGCAUUCGAGUGGAUCAGGGACUGUACAAAAGUCAAAUACAAACACGACGUCGCUAAAGGACUUUAUCUCGGACGGGCAAAUAACUGUUGCUGAUGCGCAGAAGUUGUUUGAUCUUUAUGUCGACCGGUUGGACCAUUUCAUCUACCGCAUCGGUUACGGCAGCAACUGCAAGUGGAAAACUCUCGAUGACCUACGUCGACAAAGUCCCCUGUUAACGGCAUGCAUCCUCACCGUCGCGGCCAUGCAUGAUUCUGGGAGUAAUCGACUGUAUCCAAUAUGCAACCGGGAGUUCCGGCGACUAGUAUCUGGAUCAGUGUUCGACUCGGUCUUUGAGCGAAGGAUUAACCGUGACCACUUGAGGGCGCUUUGCAUCGCGAGUUACUGGCUUAGUGACGUGUCGUGGACUCUAUCGGGCAUGGCCAUCCGUCUCGCUACCGAGGUCAACCUUGUGGCCAACUACCACCGCGUCGUCGCGCAUGGGCAGACUCAAAACCUCAGUCCAGGACGUGUGGGGCAAUCAAAUUUACAGCGGCAAGGGCAGACGCCCGACAGCCAAGUCAGCAACAUGAAUAAUUCCAACAACAGGACGAGCAAUCACGACGGAACAAACAACGGGAUGCUGACGGACUCGGCCGCCGCGGCUGCACAAGACGCGGCCGAUUGCAUGCGACUUUGGUAUAACCUCUACAUUUGCGACAAGCACCUCUCGAUUCUUUACGGCCGACCGUCGCUUGUCCGAGAGGACUUUUCCAUACAAGGCUGGGAAGACUUUCUGGCAUCUCCGGUAGCGACUGACGACGACCGUAGACUGAUCAGUCAGGUGGCGCUGCACAUCAUCUUGACAGGCGUUCACGAGUUAUUUGGCCCGGAUAAUGGAUCCGCCAUUCCGCUCGUGUACUCGUCACAGAUUGCUAGUUUCAGUCGCCAGUUGGAUCAUUGGAUUGGGUAUUGGUCCACUGUUUUGAAGAAAAAUUUCCAAGCAAUCGGCGAGUUCCCUGCCAAGGGCGCCUUGAUCCACUACCACUUUGCCAAGCUGUAUCUAUUCAGCCACGUGUUCCGCGGCCUAACACCGGGCGAACCUAUCCCGGCCGUCUUCCGCAGCGCCGCAACAGGUGCCGUAACGGCCGCCACUACCAUUGUCGAGCUGCUUCUCAACGACCCAGACAUUGGCGAGGGGUUGAGGGGCAUGCCUUCAUACCUGCAUGCCAUGACGGCCUUUGCAUGCGUAUUCCUGCUCAAGAUUGCAACUCGACGACGCGAAGACGGGCUCGUCGAGGUAGGACUUGUCAGCGACCUAGCUGGCAGGCUGGUGGGCCGAUUCAGAGAGGUCAGGGUCGGGAAGUGGCACCUGGUUCACCUGAUGGCAGACGGCUUGGCCAAAUCCGCCAAGAAGCUGCUUCAAACCGUCGACGGCGGGUUCCACAUGCGUGUUGACGCCGCCAUGGUCGGAGAUGGGAGCAGUGACCAGACUACACUGCCCCCGAGUGCCAUGUACGACGGCAUGCAGCCUCCGCAUCCCAACGGCGGGUUUGCUGAUGGGACGCUCGACGGCAUGAACGGCGGUAUGGUCGAAACGCCAGUUAUGUUUAACAACGUGCUCAGUCCAGAUUUUGUGCUGGGUACUACAUCAUUUCUCGAUUUUAACGGAGCCGUAGGGGGUCUAGACUUUUCAUAUGACCAUAUGAAUUUCCCAUGA